CUUCCACCUUCUCUCCGACGUGCACUCACGGCUGACAAUGGGACACGAACGAUUUUUGUGGCAGUUUGGUCUCACGUGAGAUUUUUCGAAUGUAAAUUAUGUGCUACGGCUCAAGAAAGGGUAGGCACAAGAUUGAAAGGAGCUCUCACGAGAUUAGCAAAUUUUGUUUCGUAAGCAAGGCAAUUGCGAGGCUAAGAAUUGUGAUCUUUGCCUUAAUUAUGCAGGUUGAUCCCCGUUACUUGGCCUUAAGUGGCUGUAAUACACAAAGCUUUAUGACUAAGCCCAGUCAUUAGCGCCGAAUGACUCCCUAUCUUUCUCCACGCCUCUUAGGAACCAUGGUGAGCAAGGAGGGCGGCAGAUACAUGCUCACCAACUCUGAAUCUGACUCGGAGGCGGCGGUGGCACCCUUACCACCCACCGCCUCGCUGGCGCUGCAAGUCAAAUAUUCUCUGGAUGCCAAUCGACAGGUGAGGAAGCGGAACAAGGCCCUGCAAGUGCGUUUCAAGGAUAUCUGCGAGGCGCAAAACGAGCAGAGGGAGGCGGAGUUGGCCAAGGACGGGAAUCCUCUCUCUUACAAAGCGGCGUACCGCAAGUACAUGACCGUUCCGGCCCGUCGAUCCAUUCCCAACGUCACGCGCAGCACCGGGGUGCAAACGUCCCCCGACCUGAAGAAGCGCUACCAGACGUUCCCCUUCGAGCGCAAGAAAGGGCACGCGUUGAAGCACGCGGCGCCCGCGGAAACGUACAGAGGUCAGAAUAACGGCUUUGUCGUGGAGGUGAAGCCGGAUGCGCCGCGGUGUUUUGACGACGAGGCGGAGGAGGAGGAGGGAGCUCGCGGGGGGAGCAGAGUUUGGCGGACCAAAGCGCUGCUCCACACAAAUGAGCGCGUGGCUACGGUGGAGCAGCACGCGGCACCCGACGGCGAUGCGCUGCCGCCGGGUUGCGCCGUCAACGCGGACUACCAGCUCUGCAGCGUAGCAUCCAAAGCCAGUGCGGGAUUUCCACCGGGAGAAAGGCGGCCGCUCGAUCACGAGGAAGUCUCGCCGUGUUCGCGAAACCUGCCUGAAAGGGCCUCCAAGGUGACCGGGCCUAUCGCGUGGAACUCCCUCACCCAAGUGGAGUGCCUGGAGAGCCUGUCGGCACGGCACAAGCGUAAGAAAAGCCUGCAGCCCGACGGGCCGCAGAGCGAAACGUUGCCGCGCGCCGGCCGAGGCUGCGCCGCGCAGGCGCAGCGUCAUCCCGCGGACAAGCCCCAGCGGAUGGCGGCGGCUGACCAGGAGGCCUGUAAGCAAAUCGUGCCUGUGGAUCAGGACGGGCAUGUUAAAGCACAGCUUCAAGCCAUGGAAAACCUCAUCAGCUCCAGCCAGGAGACCAUCAAAGUGCUUCUGGGGGUGAUCCAAGAACUGGAAAAGGGGGAGGCCCACAGAGAGGGGCUCUCCUAUCGCACCGGACAGGACACAGCCAACUGCGACACAUGCCGGAACAGCGCAUGCAUUAUUUACAGUGUGGAGCUGGAUUUCAAGCAGCAGGAGGACAAACUGCAGCCUCUCAUGAAAAGACUCUGCCCCUCGGACGACAGCCACUUCCCCGCCUUGCCGUACCCCCACGAGGCCUUCACAUCCACGCCCAAGCGCAAGUCCAAAGCCGAGUCCAAGAAGCACGCCCGAUGGAGACUUUGGUUCAUGUGAAUGCAUCGCCGGGGCGGGAGGGAGCCAGAACGUCACGCUUUCCUAACUCGGGAACUUCCGCCUGGAGCCAUUUUGGAAGCAAUUGUCGUCAAACUGGGAGUGAAAUCGCACCUGGGGGGGCGGGGCCACACUUUUGACAAAAUGUGAUGAGCAGCUCCUUUCGAAGGUGCCGUCUAAUGAAAUUCCGGACUUGGGUCACGUCGGGACUACAUGGGUUUGCCUCUCACCAUACAGCAAAGCACAACAAACGCAGUUCAGGAAACACUUUUCCCCCCCAAGUACCGAGACUAUUUUCACGCGUGAAACUGUUCAUACCGUCUCAAGGAAGAAAGCUACGAUCAAUUUUAUCCAUCUCUCAAAUGUCACAUUGACUUCUCGACUAACUUUGAAGGAGAUGUACAUAAAAAGAGUCUUGUUAAAUGAAACUUAUUUUCUUAAUGGCAUUUUUGGACAUCAAAGGACAUUUUUAUCUAUAGCUGUAUUAAAAAAAAGAUCUUAAAGUUUUAGCCAAAUAUAUUUAGGAAAUUGGGGGGGGGGGGGGCUGUUCACAUUUAUUGCCACUAAGCUACUAUCAUCUUUUUAAAAUGGAGUUGAGGCUCUAAUAUAUGUAUAUUUUUGUUCCAGCCCUGAAAAUAAUGAACACCAUUGAAGGGUAAGAGCGACUACAUGCGAUUGUAUUGCCGCGGUAAACCGAGCCUGAACGGAAUGUACAGUGUAGCCUCGCAUUUUAUCAGGACUGAAGCUGCUUCAAAAGAAACAACUGCAUUUUCAAAGAUAAAUCAAUGUGCUUUUGUUCUUUUUUUUUUUAACUUCCAUCCCAACUAUGAAUACUAGAGGUGUAACGGUACGUCAAAAAUUCUGUUUGGAUCCGUACCUUGGUUUUAAGGCUGCAUACAGAAUCAACAUCACCACCAAAAACAAACAAAAACAGAAAUCAACAUUUCACACAUUAUUGAAAUCUUUUUUUCUUUUUGCUUGCAAUUACACUUCCUGCCCCCUUCCCUAAUAAGUUCCACGUGGGAGUUUGCUCCUACUCAAAAAUUUAAAUGCGUGUGCCGUUACACCUGAGAUGAACACCCAUUUAGCGACUCCACACGGUGCUCGGAGAUCAUAAAAAUAUACAUACACUGUAGCCAAGGCAUUCGCAUUUCUUAUAAAUACCUUUUCUGACGGUUACGAUAUGAUACAUAACAUCAAAUAGGGCUACUUCGAUUUUACGAAUAGGCAUAGCUGAUACCUAUCAAACAAAAAUCCAUUUGUGAAUAGGAUUGUAGAGUUACAAAGCCACAAAAAAA